CAACGAGAGAGCAAGCAAGAGUGAGAGAGGGCGCCGCACGGAGAGGUCAGCAAACCGUGACAAACUCCACCGGGCUGACCGAGUGGGCCAGAGAGCGGGCGAAGCUCCCCGAGUCACCGCACCUUGUGGCCGCAUUCGUGCACAGGAGAGCCGCGGCAGUCGUCGCCCCACGGAGCACUACGUUCGAACUCUCCACUCGGAAACACAUCAGGGCUUAAUACAACAUUCUUCACUCAAAGAUGGCGGUGUGGAUCCAGGCCCAGCAGCUCCAAGGAGAUGCUCUCCACCAGAUGCAAUCUCUGUACGGUCAGCACUUCCCUAUUGAAGUGCGGCAUUAUCUGUCCCAGUGGAUCGAGGGCCAACUCUGGGAUAACAUCGACUUGGAGAACCCGCAAGAGGAGUUCAAGGCCAAACGCUUGCUGGACGGCCUCAUCCAAGAGCUGCAGAACAAGGCGGAGCACCAGGUCGGCGAAGACGGCUUCCUCCUCAAAAUUAAACUGGGCCACUAUGCCAGCCAACUCAAGAGCACGUAUGACCGAUGUCCUCUGGAGCUGGUGCGCUGCAUCAAGCACAUCCUCUACACGGAGCAGCGGCUGGUGCGGGAGGCCACCAAUUCCAGCUCUCCAGUGGGCGGAAUGCUUGACAGCAUGUCUCAGAAGUACCAGCAGAUUAACCAAGCCUUCGAGGAGCUUCGCCUGCUCACCCAGGACACGGAAAAUGACCUGCGCAAGCUCCAGCACAACCAGGAAUACUUCAUCAUCCAGUACCAGGAGAGCCUGCGCAUCCAGGCUCAGCUGUCCAGCCUGGCCACACUGCCUCCUGCUGACAGACAGUUACGAGAGCCCACCUUGCUUAGCAAAAGAGCCACCGUGGAGGCGUGGCUGACAAGGGAGGCCAACACACUACAGAAGUACAGACUGGACCUGGCGGAGAAGCACCAGAAAACACUGCAGCUGCUGAGGAAGCAGCAGACCAUCAUCCUGGACGACGAGCUGAUCCAGUGGAAGCGACGCCAACAGCUGGCGGGCAACGGGGGCCCGCCGGAGGGGGGCAUGGACAUCCUGCAGUCUUGGUGCGAGAAGCUGGCGGAAACCAUAUGGCAGAACAGGCAGCAGAUCCGGAGAGCGGAACACCUCAGGCAACAGCUGCCCAUCCCGGGUCCCAUUGAAGACCUCCUCAAUGAACUCAACAGCACUAUCACAGACAUUAUCUCAGCCUUGGUUACAAGCACCUUCAUCAUCGAGAAACAGCCCCCGCAGGUCCUGAAGACGCAGACCAAGUUCGCAGCCACCGUGCGCUUGCUCGUCGGCGGCAAACUGAACGUGCACAUGAACCCGCCGCAGGUCAAAGCCACCAUCAUCAGCGAGCAACAAGCAAAGGCACUGCUGAAGAAUGAGAACACCAGGAACGACAGCAGCGGAGAAAUUCUCAAUAACAACUGCGUAAUGGAGUACCACCAGACGACGGGCACCCUGAGCGCGCACUUCAGGAAUAUGUCGUUGAAGAGGAUUAAACGGUCGGACAGGAGAGGAGCCGAGUCGGUCACGGAAGAGAAGUUCACCAUCCUCUUUGAGUCGCAGUUCAGCGUCGGAGGCAACGAGCUCGUCUUCCAAGUGAAGACAUUGUCACUGCCUGUUGUUGUGAUCGUCCACGGGAGUCAAGACAAUAACGCCACGGCGACAGUGCUGUGGGACAACGCUUUCGCCGAGCCUGGCCGCGUGCCUUUCCUGGUACCUGACAAGGUGAUGUGGCCUCAGUUGUGCGAAGCCAUCAACAUGAAGUACAAGGCGGAAGUGCAGAGUAACCGCGGCCUUUCUGAGGAGAACCUGGUCUUUCUGGCCCAGAAGGCUUUUGGCAACCCCAGCACCAGCGUGGAUGACGACCGCAACAUGACGAUGACCUGGUCACAGUUUAACAGAGAAAGCUUGCCGGGAAGGAACUUCACAUUUUGGCAGUGGUUCGACGGAGUGAUGGAGCUGACGAAGAAGCAUCUCAAGCCGCACUGGAAUGACGGCGCUAUCCUGGGCUUUGUGAACAAACAGCAAGCUCAGGACAUGCUGAUGUCCAAGCCCAACGGCACCUUUCUCCUGCGAUUUAGCGACUCUGAGAUCGGCGGGGUCACAAUUGCCUGGGUGGCCGAAAACCCCAACAAAGCAGGCGAGAGAAUGGUGUGGAACCUCAUGCCCUACACAACCAAAGACUUCACCAUUCGCUCUCUGGCCGACCGCAUCAGCGAUCUCAACCAUCUCCUUUUCCUCUACCCUGAUAGGCCUAAAGACGACGUCUUUUCAAAGUAUUACACCCCUCCGCUGUCCAAGGCAGUGGACGGCUACGUGAAGCCGCAAAUCAAACAAGUGGUGCCUGAGUUUACAACAGCCAAUCCGGAUCCAACAAGUGGGAAUCCGACCUAUAUGGAUCACGGUGCCUCUCCAGCGCCGGUCAAUCACCCACACGCCUAUGGAUUGUACCCACCUAUGAGCGAAUCCAUGCUGGACGCUGACGGAGACUUUGACCUGGACGACACCAUGGAUGUGGCGCGGCACGUGGAAGAGCUGCUGCGACGGCCCGUGGAGACCCACUGGGGCGGCCAACAGUCGUGACCGCGCUCGAGCGAGCCGGCGAGCAAGCAACCGACCCUGCCUCUGCCUCUCCACUUGACGUCUCUCAUGGUUUUAAUUCCAAUCAUCUCGUCUGUUCUGCGCUCUCCCUCCAUAGCUAUAAUGUGAAAUGUUAAUAACGGUUGUGUUUUACUUCUUUUUUUUUUUUUUUUUGCGUGAGAGCGUCUGACUCUCAUGAAUUUUAUUAUUUGUGUCAAAGUGUUUGUAUAAGGAUCCAAUGCAAAAACCUACAGUGUUACAUUAUUGGUUAAAAAAAAAAAAAGAAGAAUAGUGUUCAGUUGUCAGCGUGCAUGCAUUCUCUUGAUUUUACCACGCGCUACUGUACAAAGAACUUUUUAUUUUGUAUCUCGGCUUUGAAUGAAUGUUGCCCUUUGGACAAAAAAACUUUACUUAAAAGUUUAUCUCAUUUCAACAAACACCCACAAGCAGUAAGACUGGCUAGAUGCAUUCAUUACAAACUUAUCGGGUUUUGUCACGGUUUUGUCACCAGUACAGGACUAUUUGUUUUCAAAAUGGUAGAAGCUUUUGAACAACGCUCCCUGCUGAUUCUCUCAGGUUCCAGACUUAAGCAUGUGCCGGUAUGACAUUCUGACGGUAUGAUAACCUUAAGCCAAAAUAUCACGGGUUCACGGUAUUGCAAUUACAGCUCUAAAAUGUGUUACUUUGAGAUACAGUGGGGCAAAUAAGUAUUUAGUCAACCACCAAUUGUGCAAGUUCUCCUACUUGAAAAGAUUAGAGAGGCCUGUAAUUGUCAAAAUUGGUAAACCUCAACCAUGAGAGACAGAAUGUGGAAAAAAAAAACAGAAAAUCACAUUGUUUGAUUUUUAAAGAAUUUAUUUCAAAUUAGAGUGGAGCAAGGCCGGCCCAGCCUAUACGCAGACUAUGCAGCUGCUUAAGUCCCCCUGACCACUAGGGGGCCCCAAUCUGGCAACCUCAUUUUAUACGUUGUUAAUAAAGCACCGUGAAUAAUGUGGCGCGCAUUGCUGUUUAUCUAUGCAAACAUCCAUAUUCUUGUCAUUACAAUCUGGCAACCCGGGGAGUGACGUUGAACCUGCUUUGCGAUGAUUGGUGCUCAAACAAAACAAAACAAAAAAACGUACAUCCCUAAAAAAAGGUUUGGCGCCAUCUACUGUAAGAACUGACAAUCAUUUGCGGUGAGAAGUUUGAAGUAUGCAGUGCAACAAAAUCUGAUUAUUAUAUACAAAAUAUGGACGAAUAGGUUGGAUUGCAUGUAUGGGUUUCACAGUACACUGUGAUGAAAUGGUGGGCCAAAAAAUAUGGACCCCUUGGCAUUACUUUGCUUAGGGCCCCCAAAUGGCCUGGGACGGCCCUGAAGUGGAGAAUAAGUAUUUGGUCACCUACAAACAAGCAAGAUUUCUGGCUGUCAAAGAGGUGUAACUUCUUCUAACGAGGUCUAACGAGGCUCCACUCAUUAACUGUAUUAAUGGCACCUGUUUUAACUCAUUAUCGGUAUAAAAGACACCUGUCCACAAUCUCAGUCACACUCCAAACUCUGCUAUGGCCAAGACCACAGAGACAAAAUUGUAGACCUGCACCAGGCUGGGAAGACUGAAUCUGCAAUAGGUAAAACGCUUGGUGUAAAGAAAUCAACUUGGGAGCAAUUAUUAGAAAAUGGAAGAUAUACAAGACCACUGAUAGAAGAUCUCACCCCGUGGCGUCAAAAUGAUAACAAGAACGGUGAGCAAAAAUCCCAGAACCACCUGGGGGGACCUAGUGAAUGAUCUACAGAGAGCUGGGACCACAGUAACAAAGGUUACUACCAGUAACACAAUGCGCCGCCAGGGACUCAAAUCCUGCACUGCCAGACGUGUCCUCCUGCUGUAGCCAGUACACGUCCAGGCCCGUCUGCGGUUCGCUAAAGAGCAUUUGCAUGAUCCAGAAGAUGACUGGGAGAAUGUAUUAUGGUCAGAUGAAACCAAAAUAGAACUUUUUGGUAGAAACACAGGUUGUCGUGUUUGGAGGAGAAAGAAUACUGAAUUGCAUCCGAACAACACCAUACCCACUGUGAAGCAUGGGGGUGGAAACAUCAUGCUUUGGGGCUGUUUUUCUACAAAGGGACCAGGACGACUGAUCUGUGUAAAGGAAAUAAUGAAUGGGGCCAUGUAUCGAGAGAUUGUGAGUGAAAAUCUCCUUCCAUCAGCAAGGACAUUGAAGAUGAGACGUGGCUGGGUCUUUCAGCAUGACAAUGAUCCCAAACACACAGCCAGGGCAACAAAGGAGUGGCUUCAUAAGAAGCAUUUCAAGGUCCUGGAGUGGCCUAGCCAGUCUCCAGAUCUCAACCCCAUAGAAAAUCUGUGGAGGGAGUUGAAAGUCCGUGUUUCCCAACGACGGCCCCAAAACAUCACUGCUCUAGAGGAGAUCUGCAUGGAGGAAUGGGCCAAAAUACCAGUAACAGUGUGUGGAAAGCUUGUGAAGAGUUACAGAUGUUGACAAUUACAGGCCUCUCUAAUAUUUUCAAGUGGGAGAACUUGCACAAUUAGUGGUUGACUAAAUACUUUUUUGCCCCACUGUAUGUGCCGGUAUGAGAUUCUGAGGGUAUGACAACCUUAAGCCAAAAUAUCACGGGUUCAUGGUAUUACAAUUACAACUCUAAAAUGUGUUACUGUGAGAUAUCUGGGUUCACAGACUUCAUAUUGAUAUUGAAGGGACACUGGGUGCGGGGCCGAUUAAUAGGGGGUCUAUCUCCGUCGAAGCUGACCGAGUGGAAACACAGACAAAGAGCUUUUUACAUACCUGCCAAGUUGUACAGUUUCGGCGUAAUUUGUACAAGUGAGCACUGAUUUUUAAAUGUGUACGCCGUACGUUUAAAAUCUGUACGUUUUUCAUUUCUUGCGUUUUUUUUUCUCCGUUCGGAUUUUGUCACCGUUUCGGCAACGAGACAAUGCGUUACUAUGCAUUACUACGUUGGUUGAAUGACGUGAGGAAAGUCAGAGACACGGAGAAAGAAGAGCGGGAGUGGGAAAGGGGAGUUGUGACACAAUAAUACCUGACUGUAGCCGACAGCCUACAAACUACGCCCACAUGAUGCUACGCUAGAUAUCACAUGUAUAUGAACUAGAUGCGAAAUGAUACACUUGCCGGCAUUGGUGAACAGCCACCGUCUUAAAGCAGUUGACUUCUCAGAAAGGCUCUGUUUUAUUGAACCUUCCUAGCGAACCUAAGUAAACUUUUAUCUAAAAUACUCCUAAAUCGGCAAAAUCUUUACUUGAAUCUAUCUUUAAAUGAUGAAACAGUUUUAAAACUUUCACAUGUCGAAAGUAGACAGAAGGGAACUAAUACAAAAACGGGAGCAAUUUUAGCAACUUUAACGGUUGAUUCACAAAGUUAAAUGACUUCCAAACAUAACAAAGGUUACUAUGUUUUUUUUUUAAUGAAAAAAAAACAUGAAAGGUACUUUGCCAAGUAACUAAUUACUAGGGUUGUUCUGAUCAUGUUUUUUUGCUCCCAAUCCGAUCCCGAUCGUUUUAGUUUGAGUAUCUGCCGAUCCCGAUAUUUCCCGAUCCGAUUGCUUUUUUUUUUUUGCUCCCGAUUCAAUUCCAAUCAUUCCCGAUAAUUUUUCCCGAUCAUAUACAUUUUGGCAAUGCAUUAAGAAAAAGAUGAAUUAAACUCGGACGAAUAUAUACAUUCAACAUACAGUACAUAAGUACUGCAUUUGUUUAUUAUGACAAUAAAUCCUCAAGAUGGCAUUUACAUUAUUAAAAUUCUUUCUGUGAGAGAGAUCCACGGAUAUAAAGACUUGUGACUUUGUAAAUUGUGACUAAAUAUUGCCAUCUAGUGUAUUUGUUGAGCUUUCAGUAAAUGAUACUGUAGCCAUGCCCGAAUGCAUGAUGGGAAGUGGAACCAUGACUGUGCGUAGUGCUACCAAUUGAUAUAUCUUCUCUGCGUUGGGAAAUAACAUAAGGUGUUAAGAAAAAGAUCAAUUGCAACCUUGCUUCUCUACAUUGCUUCCCACGAUUUUUCUAAUCGUAGUGGGAGGGAGGGAUUGUAAGGCUUUAGCCAAUUGAAAAAAGGUUCCAAAGGCUGCCAAAAUUCACUCAUUUUACGCUGCCUUUGAUCUCUCUAUAUAGGUAAAACGGCGCCAUUACAGAUUAAGCGCGACAAUGCGUGAGUGGGUCGUGCAGCGCAUGCAUUAAUUGCGUUAAAUAUUUUAACGUGACACAAUUUUUAAAAAAUUAAUUACCGCCGUUAUCGGGAUAAAUUUGAUAACCCUACUUUAAGCCUAAACUAAAGACUCUGGAUGAGUGUAACAUAUUAUGUCUGUAACGUUAAAUACAAUUAGAAAACAAUUUAAUUCAAAAAUAUAUAUAUAUAUUAAAAAAAGGCAUGGCCGAUAUUUUUUUGCCAAUUCCGAUACUUUGAAAAUGACGUGAUCGGACCCGAUCGAUCGGGACAUCUCUACUAAUUACUCUUACAUUCAGGUAACUGAGUUACUAACUCAAUUACUUUUUGGGAGAAGUCAUUUGUAACUGUAAUUAAUUACUUUUUUGAAGUAAGAUUAACAACACUGGUCAUAAAGAUGCAGUCUGCAGAAUGAAAAGUGACGAAAGCGGAGAUUUUAAUCUGCAAAUUUGUUGCCGAACACAAUUUGCCUGCAACUAUUGCUGAUCACUUCUCAGAAUUAGCAAAAGAAAUGUUCCCUGACUCAAAGAUUGCAUCGGUAAGUUCAUUUUAUCAAUGGACCUUUUUCAUUUAUAAUUGGACACACUAACAAACUACCUUCAAGUCAAACUGAAUUGCGAGCUGAAGUGCCAUGAAGUGCAGCCAUCAAAAAGACAUGAUAGAAAUUGCCAAAAGUGCUACAGUACAUACAAUUAUCAAUCAAUCAAUCAAUCAAAUUUAUCGUUAUAGCCUUUUACAAAACCCGAAAGGUCCCCAAAGUGCUUUACAACAAAUACAAACAUGGCUCAUAGUAAAUAAAAGGCAGGAAAGUAUUAUACAAUAACAUUAAGAAAAAAAGAAAAGAAACAACGCAUCACGAUAAAAGUCAGACGGCAAAUAAAACAAUAAAACAGAUAAAAUCUUAAUCAUUAAAAACCCUUAAGAAAUAAAACCAGGCUUCAUUAAUCUGGGGGAAAGGCGAGCCUAAAAAGGUGUGUCUUUAACCAAGAUUUAAAAAGGCCUAAUUAUAACAAAAGACACUGUUAAAUUUUAGUAAUCAAGAUGUAGCUGAAGAUAUUGAUUGUUCUUUGAUUGCACCAGGUUAUAUGGCAAUAUUACCAAUAAAUUCUUUUUUUUUUUUUUUUUUUUUUUUUUUUUUUUUAAUUGAGUUUUAUUUUUGUUUCAUAUUGCACGCUAUAUAAAACGUUUUAAGAUUAGUCACCAAUUUGUAAGGGCAUACGGCACUAUUUGUCAGAUCGCUAAUGGCCUCGGGUUGACAGGUAUGUUUUUACAUUGAAAAUUCUUGUGAAUAAAUGCUUAAAUCCCUGAAUUCUUUAUAGAUAUGGACUUAAAACAGUCUUGAUUCUUGGUUAAAAGCAAAAAAACGUGGCAGUUAGCAUUUAUUCUACGUAAAUUUGUCGAAUGUCCUGCUAGUCUUUAAGCCACCGUGGCGCCGCUUUAUCACCACAAGGAGCUUUUUACCGUUGAAAUUUUUGGGAAUAAAUGUUUAAAUCCCUGAAUUCUCUAUUGAUAUUGGGUGUAAAACAGUCACGAUUCUUGGUUAAAAGCAGUGUUGUUUUCAUCAAAGAUGACUAUAACGAAAAUAUUUCAUCCACGAAAAUUUUUUUUCAUGACAAUGAUGAGACGAUAACAAGCUAAGAACGUAUCUUGGGAGACUAAAAUUUAACGACACGAAUGCCAGUUUUUGUCCAACGAGACGAGAACGAGACGAAAAUGCCCCAUAGUUUUCGUCGCAUGUGUGACAUUUCAUGUGUCUUUAGCCUGCCUGGUUGUGUCACUCAUGUGACGUGCUGCGCCCCCAUCAACUCACCCACUAGUGUCCUCUCCAGUCUCCUUAUUGCUUGUUUUGGGGGACACACGGUAAGCUUUGUCUUCUUAACUCGGCAAGAGAGAAUAGGCAAUGUUGUUUUAGCCUAUUAAGGUCCGUGCUGACUACGAAAUGUAACUCGUCGUGUUAGCAUAGCAUUCACGUUCACGUUAGCAUCAGGCUAUAUCUAAUGGCGAGCAUCCUCCUAAAAUCUCACUUUUUUUUUUUUUUUU